AUGGUAAACAUCUGUGAGGCAGUUGCUCAACACGAGAAGAGCUCCGUAGAUCCAAACUCGCCCGUCACCUCUUGUCCCCAAGCCGGCAACAAUGCACACACUGCAACCUUCUCAAAGGACUAUGUUGUUAACGCAUCCCCUCACUACCGCAAGUCUAACAUGUCUCCCGUCGACGACGCUGUGAAGCCUAUCCCGCCCACUCUUCAGAUUUUCAGUCCAUCCUCAACCCCAGGGCCGGCUGUCGCGUCCAAGCAUAUUGCCAAUGGGCCAGAUGCCGACUCAGAUGGUAAGAACAAGUCGGACGGUGACUGUCAACUCUUGGAGAAGGCUGUGAACCAUAUCAUCAACAUCAAGACACUCACCAGGCUCUGCAAUCUAGGGAGUGUAGACGCGGUCAGGAUCAGAGACACCCUCAUCAAAAACUAUACCGAUACGUGUCAAAGACAAGCCUACCGCGUCACAUUCCGCGAAGUUUUGCACGACAACCUUCUUGCCGCUUUGUAA